AUGCUUCUCAAGAAGGUAUUUCUCGCCUUCGGCUUCGUGUCGGCAGGAUGGGCCGCCACCACCAUCGAACCAUUCAGCUAUACAAACGAAACCUUCCUCCUGCACGGCAAACCCUUCCAAAUGAUCGGCGGCCAGAUGGACCCGCAGCGAAUCCCGCACGAACUAUGGAGCGAUAGACUCGCAAAAGCACGCGCUAUGGGUCUGAACACGAUCUUCUCCUACGUAUUUUGGGACCAGCUCGAGCCUGUCCAAGGGAAGUGGGAAACGAGCGGGAACAACGACAUCGCGAAGUAUUUCAAAACUGCACAGGAGCACGGGUUGAACGUCGUUCUUCGGCCUGGGCCGUAUAUCUGCGGCGAACAUGAAUGGGGCGGAUUCCCGUUCUGGCUGAGUGAAGUUCCCGGCAUGGUCGUUCGCUCGAAUAAUAAACCCUUUCUCUCUGCGACGAAGUCGUAUCUGCAGAAUCUGGCGAGAGAUUUGAAACCGCUUCUCAUUACGAAUGGGGGGCCGAUUUUGAUGGUUCAGGUUGAGAAUGAAUAUGGUUCUUACGGUGAUGAUCAUGUGUAUAUUGGUGCGAUGAGAGAUAUGCUCAAAGCUGCAUUUGGCAAUAAGGUGCAUCUGUACACGAACGAUGGCGGCGGCGAGUCUAUGAUCAAGGGCGGACAGAUCUCUGGGGUAUUGGCGGAGUCGGAUGGAGAUCCGAAGACUGGAUUUGCUGCUCGUGAUCAAUAUGUGACUGAUCCUAGCAGUUUGGGGCCGCAACUUGAUGGCGAGUACUACGUGACUUGGCUCGAUCAGUGGGCCAGCAACAAUACCUUCCAGACAGAUUCGGGGAAUACGAAAAGUAUCCAAGGCGUUCAGUCCGAUCUUGAUUGGAUUUUGAAUCAAAAUGCCUCCUUCAGCAUCUAUAUGGUCCACGGUGGAACAAACUGGGGAUUCCAGAAUGGUGCGGACUGGGGAGAUUCCCUAGAACCCAUUACUACCAGCUACGAUUACGGUUCCCCCAUUGACGAGAGUGGUCGAACGAACGACAUUUAUCGCGCUAUUCGGCAGACCAUCGCUUCGCAUGUCGGAGAGGAUAAUAUCCCGGAUGUCAUAGAUGAGGAGCCUUUGAUUGAGAUUUCGAAUAUCAAGCUCAAUCCCAGCAGCAAGCUGUUUGAUUCCCUACCAGACCCAGUUUUGAAGAGGUCUCCCAUCAAUAUGGAGGCUCUUGGCCAGGCUGUUGGUUUCAUUCUUUAUCGCCAUGUUGCUACCUCUGCCACUAAGGGCAAUAUCGAUGUCGGAGACUACCCCAGAGACCGAAUUCUCAUCUAUGUGAACGGUUAUCGAGUCGGCGUGAUCGACAGCCUAUAUGUGGCGCCAAAUACGGUUGAAUUGAAUCUCAAGAAGAACGACGUGCUAGAUCUUCUAGUCGAAAAUAUGGGCCGUGUCAACUAUGGCGAGCGGAUUGUUGAACAGCGUAAGGGCAUUGUGGGCAACGUUACCCUGGGCGACAACGUGCUGUCGAACUGGCAGAUCUACCCACUUCCACUUGCGUCGCCACCAGAAUCGUCCUCCGGCAGUGUUCAGGUCUCAAACACAUCAGGCCCCGUAUUCUUCGAAAGCACUUUCAAUGUGGAUAAGGUGGGCGAUACAUUCCUCGAACUCCCUGGUUGGACCAAAGGAGUCGUCUGGGUGAACGGAGUGAACCUAGGGCGUUACUGGACGAUCGGACCUCAGCAAACACUAUAUCUGCCUGGCUGCUAUCUAAAGGAGAAGAAUAACAAGAUAGAGGUACUUGCUUUGGAGCCUACAGGUGAAGAAGGUUCUGUCCGCGGCAUCACGACGCGGAAUUGGGGGAAUAAUCCAGAUCCCGAUGCGCCGUCGGGGUAG